UGGAGACCAAGUCAUAUUGUAUUGUUGUUGCCUCGGACAACAGCAAAUUAGCAAUACCUACUCCAAUCACGUGGCUAAAGUUAGAGAUUGGUUAUCCUGUUCCUGUUAUUGGUCAAAUAUAUGAAUAGUAUAGACCACUCACCAAUACAAAAAAAAAGUCAGAGAAGUAUGUUCAAGUUAAUACACUGCAUUGGAUAACAGAUUUUGGACGUAUAUUGGCUAUUGAAAAUUCAUACUUAUCCGCAAAUUUUGUAGCUACAAUUGAAAAUCUUAAAUUAAACAAGUUUGUUAUAAUUGAGUUUUUGGAAGAAGAACAAUGUAUUGAAAUAGUCCCAAGUAACUGGAUCAUUGUUGAUGAGAUACUACAAAAGUUUAUUUGUAGGUGGCCAGGAAGUUCUAAUGCUUCCCGCUAUACAGCCUCUCAAAAACUACCAACAAAUGUAUGGGAUAAAUAAGACUGCAUUCCAAAAAAGUUUGCUGAAUCAUAUGAUGUAGCAAAGAAAAAAUUAACAACAUUUUGUAAUACCAGUACAACCGAGGUGGAAAAUGUAGAUAAGCCUAGAAAACGUAAAAAAAAACAGUUCUUUGAUUCUUCUAACAAGAACACUGAAGAUACAUGGGAUAUUGAAUUAAGUCAAAGCUCGAGUAAAAGAUUAAAAAGGAAAAAUAAUAAUAAACAAAUUGAUUCAGACGGAAGUGAUUCAAUACUUCAUCGCAAUUACUAUGUAUCGUCUGUGGAUUUAGAAAAAGCUCCAAAACCUUCUGGCUUAUUUGAUAUAUGCAGCAGUAAAGAAAACUCGCCUGAUAUAGUGGAACAAUCAGAAAUAAAUUAUGAUGAAGACAAUUCUGAACAAAAUACUGUAUUGUCCCAAAAUGUACAACAGCAUUUAACAAAUAUAAAUCCAACAUCCAACAUGUCAAGUUAUAAUAUGAUGGAUAAAAUGCAAUGUAUCAGUCACACAUUAAUGAAAGUGUUUAAUCAAAUGGUUUCCCUUCAAAAGGAUAUUAAUGUUAUAAAAAUUGAUGUGAUGAAAAAUCAAAAUUUAAUAGCAGAAGUAAAUGACAGACAAAACCACCAAACCACUCGAAAUCAAACUGUUGAAAAUAUGAAUCGGUCAAAUUUAAAAAUACCGUUAGAGACCAUGGAACAACUUGACAGUCUUGAAGCCGAUGAAGAACUAAAACAAAUCUUUGCUAAUGUUAUUCGCAGAAAUGGAAAGUCAUUUGACUCAAAAAGAACAACAUAUCAAAUUAUGAAGAUGGUUUUUGAAAAUCGCAUGGCCGAGGGAUUGAAUAUGGAAGGAAGAGGAGAAAAGCGAGCAUUUGGAAAAAUGGAAAUUUGUACAAUAAUAAUAGAUGCUGUGAAGUUCAUGUUUCCUGAAGAAUCACUGAAACUGAUAAAAAUGCAUAUGAGUGAUUGGCUAAAGCAGGCUCCUAAGAGGAAAUCCUAAUAAUAUAAUUAUUGAUUUAUACUAAUAUUAAAACAUGAUUUUUGUGAUUAUAUA